AUGAACCUAGCCCUGAUGGAGAAGUUCCCAGAAAGAACAGCAGAGGCUAUAAAAGCCCAUAGGCGCCAGCAGGCCUAUCGGGAAUUGGUUGCGACGUAUACCCAGGAACAGCUAGAGGUGGUAGACGGACCAGCCCCUCAACCUGUGGUGGAAGCUUCGAAUACCCAGUGGCGUGACAGGCUGAUACAACACCUGCAGCAGCUCCCCAGAAUGCCAACCACCACGGAACACCUCGUGCGAUUGGAAAGGCUGAGUGCCACCGUCGGGUCGAGGACGCUCACCGACGUGUAUGAAGAACUAUCCCUGGUUGUGCGGGGCAUGCAGGGUACACAACCCUGGAGGGCGCAGAGAGGGAAACGAAGUAGCCAAGAACAACAGAUGUCCAAUAGGUGGAAGAGGUGAGAGCAAUAUGCCAAAUUCCAACAUCUAUGGCAUAAGAGUCCCACUAAAUGUAUUAAGUGGGCUCUUGAUAAGAACAGGGACGUGCCAAUAGAAAAUGGCGCGAGCCUCUUUCCGUACUGGGAAAAGCUAAUGACCAGGGCUCCGGACUGCUCACCUGGCCCUGGCCCCAGGAGAGAUGUUAUAACAUCCUUAUGGGAACCCAUGACGGCUGCUGAGAUUAAGAGAGCCAUAUCAUCGGUCUCAACGGCGCCAGGACCUGAUGGAAUGACCGUGGAACAGGUGAAGAAGCUGCCUCUAGGUGCCCUGGAGCAGCUCUUCAACCUAAUAAUGGUAUGUCGGAAAUGCCCCCCCGUCGUUGCUGGGGGCUCGAACAACACUGAUUCCCAAAAAAAGAUCAUGCAGCUGAGGCGAUAA